GGGGGGUGACGUCAACUGUGCCCGUUGUGUGUGUGUGGGGCUAGGGGCCCCGGGGCGGCGGGGGCUCCCGGCGCGGGCGGCGGUGGGUCGGGAGGGCCUGGACAUGGCGCUGAGGGGCCGCCCCGCGGGAAGAUGAAUAAGGGCUGGCUGGAGCUGGAGAGCGACCCUGGCCUCUUCACCCUCCUGGUGGAAGACUUCGGUGUCAAAGGGGUGCAGGUGGAGGAGAUCUAUGACCUUCAGAGCAAAUGUCAGGGCCCAGUGUAUGGAUUCAUCUUCCUGUUCAAAUGGAUCGAAGAACGCCGAUCCCGUCGCAAGGUGUCUACCUUGGUGGAUGAUACGUCUGUGAUUGAUGAUGAUAUUGUGAACAACAUGUUCUUUGCCCAUCAGUUGAUCCCCAACUCUUGUGCCACUCAUGCCCUGCUGAGCGUGCUCCUGAACUGCAGCAACGUGGACCUGGGGCCCACCCUGAGUCGCAUGAAGGACUUCACCAAAGGCUUCAGCCCUGAGAGCAAAGGAUAUGCAAUUGGCAAUGCCCCAGAGUUGGCCAAGGCACAUAAUAGCCAUGCCAGGCCUGAGCCACGCCACCUCCCUGAGAAGCAGAAUGGCCUUAGUGCUGUGCGGACGAUGGAGGCGUUCCACUUUGUCAGCUAUGUGCCUAUCACAGGCCGGCUUUUCGAGCUGGAUGGGCUGAAGGUCUACCCCAUUGAUCAUGGGCCCUGGGGAGAGGAUGAGGAGUGGACCGACAAGGCCCGACGGGUCAUCAUGGAGCGAAUCGGCCUCGCCACUGCAGGGGAACCCUACCAUGACAUCCGCUUCAACCUGAUGGCGGUGGUGCCCGACCGCAGGAUCAAGUAUGAGGCCAGGCUGCAUGUGCUGAAGGUGAACCGUCAGACAGUACUGGAGGCCCUGCAGCAGCUGAUUAGGGUAACACAGCCCGAGCUGAUUCAGACCCACAAGUCUCAAGAGCCACAACUGCCUGAGGAGUCCAAACCAGCCAGCAGCAAGUCCCCCCUGGCGCUGGAGGCAGGCAGGGCCGCAGCAGCCUCCGAGGGCACUCACACAGAUGCUGUGGAGGAGGUGGCUGGUUCGUGCCCCCAAGCCCCAACCCAUAGCCCUCCCAGCAAACCCAAGCUGGUGGUGAAGCCUCCCGGGAGCAGCCUCAACGGGGUUCCUCCCAACCCCACUCCCAUUGUUCAGCGGCUGCCAGCCUUUCUGGACAAUCACAACUAUGCCAAGUCCCCCAUGCAGGAGGAGGAAGACCUGGCAGCAGGCGUGGGCCGCAGCCGAGUUCCAGUCCGCCCCCCGCAGCAGUACUCGGAUGAUGAGGACGACUAUGAGGAUGAUGAGGACGACGACGUGCAGAAUGCCAACCCCGCCAUCAGGUAUAAGCGAAAGGGGCCAGGCAAGCCAGGGCCACUGAGUGGCUCUGGGGACGGGCAGCUGUCGGUGCUGCAGCCCAACACCAUCAAUGUCCUGGCCGAGAAGCUCAAAGAGUCCCAGAAAGACCUCUCGAUUCCUCUGUCCAUCAAGACAAACAGUGGGGCGGCCAGCCCGGCCGUGGCGGUCCCCACGCACUCGCAGCCCUCACCCACCCCCAGCAAUGAGAGCACGGACACAGCCUCUGAGAUCGGCAGUGCUUUCAACUCGCCGCUGCGGUCGCCCAUUCGCUCAGCCAACCCGACGCGGCCCUCCAGCCCUGUCACCUCCCACAUCUCCAAGGUGCUUUUCGGAGAGGACGACAGUCUGCUGCGUGUUGACUGUAUCCGCUACAAUCGCGCUGUACGUGACCUGGGUCCCGUCAUCAGCACGGGCCUGCUGCACCUCGCUGAGGACGGGGUGCUGAGUCCCCUGGCACUGACAGAGGGUGGGAAGGGUUCCUCGCCCGGCAGCAGGCCGAGCCCAGGCAGCCAGGGCUCCAGCAGCCCUGAAGAGAAGGAGGUCGCAGAACCUGCAGACAGCAGAGAGAAGCCUGGGUUGGCCAGGUCUGGCGAGCCCUUGAGUGGGGAGAAGUACUCACCCAAGGAGCUGCUGGCACUGCUGAAGUGUGUGGAGGCAGAGAUUGCAAACUAUGAAGCCUGCCUCAAGGAAGAGGUGGAGAAGAGGAAGAAGUUCAAGAUUGACGACCAGAGAAGGACCCACAACUAUGACGAGUUCAUCUGUACCUUCAUCUCCAUGCUAGCCCAGGAAGGCAUGCUGGCCAACCUGGUGGAGCAGAACAUCUCGGUGCGGCGGCGCCAAGGGGUCAGCAUCGGCCGGCUCCACAAGCAGCGGAAGCCCGACCGGCGGAAACGCUCACGCCCUUACAAGGCCAAGCGCCAGUGAGGACUGCUGGCCCGCACCUUGCAGCCGCUAUUGCCGCGUGGCCCUCCCAGGGGCCCCUUCCCUGCCCCACUCCCCGUCUUCCCAGUAUUACUGAAUAGUUCCAGCCGGAGAGCCUGGCCCCUGGGCAUGAGUGCCAGGCCGGACUUCCUGCGUUACACCCCCGGGCCUGGCGGGGCAGGGCCUCCCCGUGGUGCUCUGGAAACAGCAGCUGGAGCUGGAGCUGGGGCACAGGGAGGUGCUGCAGCUUCCUCCACAGCCGGCUGUGGAGUGGCAGGACCUGGCCUUCCUGCCUCAGCAGCAGAGUAUAUAUUUUACCUACAGAGACGUCUAUUUUUCUGGGCUCUAACCCAUCUUGCCACCACUGUGUUGACAUAGC